CCUAACACAAACCAAACAGGGGCAAUGGAAGGCAGCUCCAGCAUCAAUAAUGGAUGGAGAAUUUGCAUAUUGGCAAGCUUCAUAGGCGGUAUCAUCUUGGUCUUCUGUCUUAACCAUUCUCGCAACGACAUAAGCCUUUCAACUGUUCAAAGCUUAGCUGCAACUGCUGCACCGUCCAACACUGAUGAAUUCAAUACUUCAGCUCACUCACCUGCAACUGCAGCACCAUCCAACUCUAAUGAGUUCAAUACUUCAGCUCUCUCACCUGCACCGGCAGCACCAUCCAACACUAAUGAAUUCAAUACUUCAGUUCACUUAGCUGUACCAGUAGCACCAUCCGACAUUAAUGAGUUACGUACUUCAACUCGUGAUGAAUAUGUAAAAAAGAAACCAGUGGAGAUAAAAAUGGAAGAGUGUAAUAUUUUCGACGGAGAAUGGAUUUAUAAUCCCAAGGAAAGUCCUUUAUACAAUGGACAUCAGUGUCCCUUCCUUAGUGAUCAAGUCAGCUGCCAAAGGAAUGGACGACCAGACAUUGAUUAUCAGAAGUGGAGUUGGGAGGGUAAAGGAUUAUGCCAGAUUCCUAGGUUUAAUGCUACUGACAUGUUGAAGAGACUCAAGGGAAAGAGAGUGAUUAUAGUGGGAGACUCUCUCAACAGAAACCAAUGGGAGUCUCUAGCUUGCCUUCUUUAUUCAGCCAUAUCUCCCUCUCGAGCCCAUGUUGACAUUCGAAGUGGCACCUACAAGGUCUUCAAAGCACUGGACUAUCAUUGCUCUGUUGAGUUUUAUUGGAGUCCGUUUCUUGUGCAACUAGAGACAAACCAAAAAAAGGGUAGAAGGAAUAAUAUUUUGAAGCUUGAUGAAGUUUCGACCUCGGCCAAAAAGUGGAAAGGCGCCCACAUAAUGGUGUUCAACACGGGUCACUGGUGGGUGCACCGUGGAAAGAUCAAAGCGUGGGACUUGUUUCAACGUGAUGGAAAACUGGUGGAGAACAUGGAAUUAGAGUUGGCCUUCGGAAUAGCCAUGAAUACUUGGGCUCACUGGAUCAAUAAACAUGUGGACAAAACCAUAACAAGAGUGUUUUUUAGAAACAUGUCUCCUGAACACAAAGGCACGCAGUGGUGCUACAACAGAACUCAACCCAUGAAGGAUGAGUCCUUGAUAACAACAUUCCCCAAGUCAAUUAUAGGAAUCGUUGAGAAAACAAUUGGAGGCAUGAGGACGCCAGUCAAGUACCUAAAUAUCACAAAGCUAUCUCAAUAUCGGAUUGAUGCACAUCCAGCAAUUUAUGCGAGAAAACAAAAGCAAGUGUUAAUAGCAAAGCAACAGAGGCAGCCAGAGUCUUAUGCAGAUUGUAGCCACUGGUGUUUGCCUGGAGUGCCUGAUACGUGGAACAGACUACUCUAUGCAUCCAUGGUUGACAAUUCUUAAUCGAAUUUUAUUGACUAA